UAGGUGGCUCGGUGCACGUUUGGAUUGUCUCGCUUCCUUGUUAGUCGGUGCAGUUGCUCUGGCUGCAAUUUUGGUAUCUCAAGAUGCCGCUUACGCUGGUCUCGCUCUUGUUUACGUCAUCCAAACUCUGAGCUCGACUCAAUACGCUGUUAGAAAAACCUCCGAAGUGGAAAACUACAUGACGUCAGUUGAGCGAGUUAUGACCUACACCAAACUUGACCGGGAGCCUGGAUACGAGGAAGAACGAACACCACCAAAAGACUGGCCUCGGAGAGGAAGUAUUGUGUUGAGAGAUGUAUCACUGACGUACUAUCCGGGGGGACCUCAAGUGCUGAAGAACAUCAAUCUUAACAUCAAAGGAGGAGCAAAGAUCGGAGUUGCCGGCCGGACAGGAGCUGGAAAGUCAUCUUUUGUAGCAGCUCUUAUGCGCAUGCCUGAUGCUGAUGGAGAGAUAAUCAUCGACGGUGUUCCAAUUAAAGAGAUAGGCCUCCAACAAGCCCGACGAGGUAUCUCGGUUCUUGGCCAAAGUCCUGUUCUUUUUAGUGGAUCAUUGAGAAAAAAUCUCGACAUUUUAAACAAGUUUCAAGAUGCUGAAAUAUGGCAGGCUUUAGAGGAUGUCCAACUGAAAGAUUUUGUCAAGACACUUGCGGCCAAGCUCGAUCACGAACUGCUGGAACAUGGCGCUAAUGUGAGUGUUGGAGAGCGCCAGUUAGUUUGCUUGGCCCGUGUGCUGCUACAGCGAAGUAAAAUCGUUGUCUUGGACGAGCCAACUGCGCAUGUUGACCCAGACACAGAGCAGACGGUUUGGAAUGUAGUGCGGGACAAACUGAAGGAGUCAACUGUCAUCACUAUAGCUCAUCGUUUGAACACGAUAAAAGACUGCGAGAAGAUUUUGGUCUUGAAAGAUGGAAAAGUUAAAGGAUUUGACAAAUUUGAUUCAAUAAUGAACAUGAAGUGAGAUGUCGUCUAAGGUUGAAAUACCUCGAAUG